AUGGUGGAUUAUAGCAAGUGGAAAGACAUCGAGAUUUCGGAUGAUGAAGAUGAAACCCAUCCAAAUAUUGAUACGCCUUCACUAUUUCGAUGGCGGCACCAAGCUCGUGUAGAGCGUAUGGAAGAACGACGCCGAGAAAAGGAAGAGUUUGAAAAGAAAAAAGCUGAAACACUGAGAAAAAUAAAUGAAACUAAAAGAAAGAUUUCUGAAACAGAGCCCGAUAGCCCCAACAUGGAGUCUUUGAAAAAGGCACUGAGUGAUUUGGAAAGGGCGGAAAAGGAGAUUCAGAAAAAAGAGGAUGACAUAAGGAAGAAGGAGAAGCAAACUCCUUGGAAUGAUGAAAAUCUUACUGAAGAAGAGAAAGAAGCAAAGAUGAAGAAGUUCAUCAAAGAAAAUGAAAAGCUAUUGAAACAGUUUGGCAUGUUAAGGAAAUAUGACGAUUCAAAAAAAUUCUUACUGGACCACAAUCAAUUAGUAUGUGAAGAAACUGCUAACUAUCUUGUGAUUUGGUGCAUUAAUUUGGAGAUGGAAGAGAAACAUGAUUUAAUGGCGCAUGUGGCUCACCAGACUAUCUGCAUGCAGUACAUACUGGAGCUUUCAAAGCAGUUGGAUGUUGACCCAAGAGCUUGUGUUGGCUCCUUCUUUUCCAAAAUACAAUUGGCAGAGAAGACAUAUAAGGAUUCUUUCGACGAUGAACUAGAACAGUUUAAGGCACGUAUAAAGAAGCGAGCGGCGGAAAAAAUACAGGAGGCAAUACGUGAGCAAGAAGAGGAGGAAAGGAAAGCUAGAUUAGGCCCGGGUGGGUUAGACCCAGUUGAGGUUUACGAGGAACUCCCCGACGAGUUAAAGAAAUGUUUUGAUGCCCAAGAUGUGCCAAUGUUACAAGAAACUAUUGCUAAAAUGCCAGAACAAGAAGCAGUCUAUUACAUGAAGAGAUGUGUGGAUGCUGGCCUCUGGGUUCCAUCCAAAAAUGAUGAGGAGCCCAAAAUGAAGGAGAACAUAGGGGAUUCCACGGCCGCCACUUCAGAUAGCACCGAGGAUGUAGAC